CCUAAGAAGGGUCAUGAAGAGUUGGACAUGACUGAAAAACAACUGAACAACAGCAGCCUUUCCCAGUUUGAGCUUUACAAAAGCUGAAGGAUUUAGAGAGGCGAAUCACCUAGGAGCUCAACUCUCCCUACCUUUAAUUUUACAAAUGAAAAAUUAAUUUAAAAAAAAACCUUGAAGUUCAUACAGGUUAAGGGAGUUACCCUAAGGAACUGAAUCAGGAUUUGAAUCUCAAUCUUCUGAUGCUAAAUGUAGUGCUUUUUCCUCCCAUUAUAUUUCUUCCUAUUGCUUCCCAAGGGUAUCUUUUAAGCAUGGGUAGAAAACUUUAGUUUACCAAAAAUAUUAUUUUAUGGACCUUAUCAUUUUUAGCUUAGCUGGUUAGUUUAUGUCACUACAUCCCAGUUACCUGUAGGUAUAUAUGGGAGGGAAGAUGGGGAAGUACUUAUUGGCCGCUAGCUGUAUCCCUUCAGUCCUUCAAUCUAGGUGCAUGAAUCCCUAUUAGAGAAAAUGGGAAUGUACAGAAAUGACUCCAAGAAAGAAAUUUUAGUCCUAAUGGAGUGUAGUAGUAGAUCCAACUCUGAAUUCUCAAAAUGACUGGUUUUAUUUUCUUAUCUUUUCAUUUUCACUCUCCAAAUUAAACUUUUAGAGAGUAAAUGUCUAAUUCCUCCAUAGGACACCUUCCUCAGAGUAGAAUUUUGAUCUCGUUGAGGAGAUUUUGAUAGUCCAAUCUACUUAAAACUGAGGAAGAAAAUAUUAUAGUACUUUAUCAAAUUUCAGGGUUGUUACGAAGAUAAAGUGAGGCAAUAUUGUAAAGGUCUACAUAAAUAUUAGUUAUUGUUAUCAUCUGGAUCCUUCCUCCCAUGCCCAUAUCCCUAAUGCUUUUUCUAAUCUCCAAACGAGUAUCCAAUAUUACCCUUCUGGCUUCCCUUGGGAGCUAUGAAGCUCGAACUUCAGCCUAAGCCUUUCCAGGAGGGAUUGUGGUCUUAUUAGGGAAAGCCUGGAAUUUCUUAAAUUAAAGAACAAAAACCUUUUUUGGACAGUCUCCAUUGUACUUCCCCUCUCCUAGCCAUACGCCGCCAUAUACUCCAGGAAAAAGGGUCUCUGGAAGCUGGAAAUCAAUCUCCCAGCACUAGGGAGGUCCAGAGCUGACAGUGGGGGUGCCGCACCCUCUUCCAGUGACGCUCGGGAAGAGGGCUAGCUCUGGGCAUAUCGAAGUAGGACAGGCGGCUUAAUUCCAGAGGCAGGAAGGUGGGCUGGGCCGGGGAGGGGCGGGGACCCCGCUGCUCACGAUCUUGCCCUCCCCUCCAACUACCCUUAAAGCUGGGUGGCCGGGAUCCCUAUCCCGGGAGAAGCCCUCCCGCCUCCGGGGGAGGGGGCUGUAGGAACGAAGGGCGGAGCAGAGGCGGCCAGGGAUAGCCACUCGGUGGGGCCUCCAGGAACCCCUAGUAGCCGGGCACCCCGACAACUUAGCGUGCGCUCCGCGCCGGGACCUCCUCGUGUUUCAGGCCAUCCCGGUAACUAUGCAAAUGUGGUAGGAGCUAGAAUACAAACAGCACUAUCUGGAGGAUACAGGAAAUGUGGAGUCCUGGGGCCUUCCUCCUGACCUGGAUUUUCAUCUUGGGAGUGAACAGCACAGAGCAUUUCUACCGGCCAGGCCGUAGGAUAUGCUCCACAGCAGCUACCAAGGAAACUGUCCCUGUCACGGAGUCCUACAUCCAGAGGGUCUAUCAGCCCUACAUCACCCUCUGUGAGGGCCAGAGAGCUUGCAGCACCUACCGGACCGUCUAUAAGACUGCUUACCGACACACUCCUCGGACAAUCUCCCCACCACAAUAUGCUUGCUGCCCGGGCUGGAGAAGAAGUAAUGGGCUCCCUGGUUGUGGCACAGCAAUAUGCCAGCCAUCUUGUCAGAAUGGAGGAAGCUGCGCCAGGCCUGGAAGAUGCAGAUGCUCUGCAGGGUGGCAGGGAGACAUCUGCCAAACAGAUGUGGAUGAGUGUAGUCAACCUGGUCAUGGCUGCCCCCAGGAUUGCAUCAACGUUCCUGGGAGUUACCACUGCCAGUGCCAGGAGGGAUAUGAGCUAUCUUCGGAUGGGAAACUGUGCCAGCCUCGGAGUGGUUCCCCACAAGUGACCUCAGCUCUCUGUCCCACUGGGCAGCCUCAGCCAGAGGCUUCUGAUGAAAUGAAAGAAGAAAUACAAAAGCUAAGGAAUCGAGUGGAUGUGUUGGAGGAGAAGCUGCAGCUGAUGCUGGCUCCCUUCCACAGCCUGGCACCCCAGGCCCCAGAGGACGGGCUGUCUGCUGACCACAUCAGCCUUCUGGCCCACUCUUUCCAGCAGCUGGAUCGGAUUGAUUCCCUGAGUGAGCAGAUUCUGUUCCUGGAGGAACGGCUAGAGACCUGUUCCUGCAAGAAUAAGCAAUGAGAGAUGCCCAUCUAAGUCCAGAAGCUUCACCCUGCAGGGGACUGAGAGCCAAGGCCCUGGAAUGGGACCACAGGGAAUCUGCCACAUCUUUUCUUUUUAAAGAUGUUUGUAUUGAGCAUAAAUUUCAAGCCACAUACCACUAAUCCUCCCGUCCACAAGCAGACCAAGCAGCAGGCUGCAAGGAUAGCUUGUGAUAUUGGGAUGAACUGAAACCCAGUCACUCAUACCCAUCCAUGACCCAACCUCACCAACUUUGUCCUCCCCCAUCCUAUUUUGGGGAGAAGACAAAAAGCUCCCCCUUAGUGAGUUUCCCAUAUUGCUCCUAACUUGGGAAAGGUAGGCACUGGCCCCCAGGAGUAGGAGGGCAGGAGUCUGCCAACCUAGCAGGGAGAGUUUGGGGGAAGCAACAAUUAGAAGCUGGGAAAGGCAGAAAACCCCACAAGAAGGAAUCUGGAGCAAGGUGCCUGGAUUUACAUCCUCCUUUAGCUACUUACUGUUUAGUUUUGGCCAAGACACUCCACCAGUGUCCACACUUAUAAAAAAGAGAUCUGGGUUAAGUGAGCUUCUGUGUUUGUUCUUGCACCAUAGCCUUGGCCCUUCAGCUCUACAAUAAAAAAAGAAUUCAGAAUUCUGAGGCCCUGUAAGAGAGUAAGGAAGGCUGGCUUCAGGAGAUUGUGGGCUCAGAUCCUGCCUCUAACACAUACUAGUUGGGACAAUUAAUCUCUUAAAAUCCUGUUUUUUCCUCAUGUAAAUUGGGGGUGGAACCUUUAGUGCCCCUUCACUGAAUUGUCGUGAUGAUAAAAGCAAAUUAUGGAUACAAGCCCUUUGGAAACCUUCAAGUGCUAUCCAAACGACAGCUGCUGGAGUCUUCUUUGAGUGCAUGCGGGGAUCGUGACCCACAGCCCCUGGGGUUGGGAUGUUCCUCCGGGAUUGCUCCUCCAUAAAUAACACCUCGAGAUGGAGCACAUCCUGAGCAGGGGCAGGGGCAAUUUGUCUCUUCCACAGUGAUGAACCGGCUCAAGCCGCGCUAGUGCAUCCUAUUCCCCCAUUACCCACAGCCCACCAGUGUGUGACAUCCCACAGUCUGUGUCUCAGGAACUGGCGAUUUUGUCCUCCCGUGGGAAGCUGAUCCAGGAAUUCGGCUCACAACCUUGUCCCCAUUUGUACUGUGACCUGAGCCAAGGGCAGGGAGCCCCAUUUGAGCCUUGAUUGGCCCCCGCUCCGGCGACAUCCUUCCCUCCCUCUUCCUCUCAAGCUGCUCCCUACUUGGCUCACAGCCCCCGCCUCUGGUCCAGCAAUGCCAAAGUCUAUUCUAAGCUUGUGUGCGAGGGCAGCCCGCCCACCACCAAGCGGGUGAUUCAUGCCCUUGUCAUCCAGGACCUUGCCAAGAGCAGGCUCUCCAGGGCGCCCUGGCCAAGGUCCGGGCCUUCUUCCCCCUAACCUUGGCUAUAUCCUGGCCUCUGGCUCCAGUUUCAGGGCAAGCAGGAGGGGGUUCCUUGGGAGAUGUGGGGGGCGGCAGGGCCCGGUGGGAAAAGUGGUGCAUCUGGGCCUCCCGAGACCCACCCACCUGGGGAACAAAUGGUAGUUGUUCAGUGCCCGUCUCACCUAACCUUGUCAAAAUAAAACCAGUCUCAUCAGCCCUCUGUAAUCGAGUGCAAAUGUAACUGGGCUCCUGCACACCUGGCCUUCAAAUGUGUGGUCGUCAAGCCACUGGGCUAACCCACGCCGUGCUUUCCCGUGAAACUUGGAGCUGACUGCAGGAGGCUGCCCGGCAGGGAGCGGCGGCUGCGGUGAGACAGCCUUCUCCAUCCGUGGCCACCUUGGGGCCAGCCUCCUUCUGUGGCCGGGGAGGAGGAGUCCGAGCCCAAGGAGCACGACCACGGGCCAGACUGGGGGAAGACGAACAAUGCGCACUAUGCCCUGGCUCCUCAGGUGUUUGCCCGUGGUAAUGUGGGCACGACAGUGACACGGAGAACCAGGGUAGCUUCCUCAGGGGCGUGAGGCAAGGUGGAGAUUCACUAACAAGAACUGAGAGGGGUCCCAUGCACGUGCCAAGUGUCCACAGGGCACAUACUCCCGUAGUUUCAGUUCAGAGCAAGACUGGAAUCCAGUAGUCAGAAACUUUGGGUCAUCAACUGUUUGCACAACUCUAAAUCUCCCAGGCUUCUGUCUGUCCUAAAAUGUUAUACUUCCCCCAAAAGGUCAAUGAAAGGAGAUAAUAAGGCUCAAGUCUCUUUCUCCUUCAUAAAUUUUUAUUGAUGCCUUUUAUUAAAAAACAUAAGUGAAAUUUCUCCUUGUAUGUCCGACUCCAAGCCCAGGAAGUUAUCCCAUAUAACAAUAUAUUUUUAAAAGAAAAAAAAAAAAA